GUGACGUUUACAUGUCGUUUCUUAUGUUGUGGUAGAGUUUCCAUUAAAGUAGCUGCUUAGCUCUGUGCUCAUUCAUCGCCUGCAGAUGGAUUUGUGCGUUGUAACUGCUCUGUGGUAUCUCGUACCCCUUUACUUACUCGUUUACUUGUUGUGUUUUAUUUUCGCAGAUGCAGACUUUACUCUCCUGUGGGCGAGUCUGGUAGGAAACCGACCAGAGACCAAGCUGAAAGGCCUGGUGGUUUGGGUCACCGGGGCCUCCAGUGGUAUCGGUGAAGAGUUGGCCUAUCAACUGGCAAAGUGUGGUUCACGUCUCAUUCUGUCUGCUCGCCGUGAGGAUGAGCUCAAUAGGGUGAAACGUAAAUGUUUAGAGUGUGCCAAUCUCCAAGAUGAGGAUAUUCUUGUUCUUCCAUUGGAUUUGUUGGAGAGGACAUCCCAUGAGGCAAAAAUGAAAGCUGCACUUGAGUAUUUUGGACAUAUUGAUAUCUUAAUAAACAACGGUGGCCGCAGCCAGCGCUCUUUGUGCUUAGAGACCAGUACUGAUGUGUACCAGGCCUUGAUGGACCUCAACUUCCUGGGGACGGUCUCCCUCACAAAGCAAGUGCUGCCUCACAUGACGCAGCGAGGCUCUGGUAGCAUAGUGACGGUCAGCAGCGUAGUCGGCCUCGCUGGGGCGCCCCUGGCAACGGGAUACUCUGCCAGCAAACAUGCCCUUCAGGGCUUCUUUAAUUCUCUUCGGACUGAGCUGACAGACUAUCCUAAGAUCCUCAUCAGUACAGUUUGUCCAGGGCCAGUGCAGUCGAAAAUUGUUCACAAUGCCUUCACAGAAGAACUGAACAAGCCUGUGGCUACAGCUUGUAACCAAGAACACAAGAUGCCAACCAGCCGCUGUGUGCGUUUAAUGCUGGUGGGAAUUGCCAACAGUGUCAAGGAAAUGUGGAUCGCGCAGCAGCCCUUCCUCCUGUUUUACUACAUGUGGCAGUACGCUCCCACUAUCGCCUGGUUUGCCACAGACAUUCUAGGCAGGAAAAGAGUGCAGAAUUUCAAAGCUGGUCUUGAUGCAGACUUGGCGUAUUUCACAAAACCUAAGAGCUCCUGAAAGCCACAUCCGUAAGAAGACGAAUAUGUUGCAUUCCUAAUCAUCCCGCACAGUGUUUUUCAUCUAAAAAAUGCCUCAAAGCUUAGCACUUCAACUAAGUCUGAUUUUUCUUCAUCUAUUGUGAAAAACCUCCACUGCUUGGAGAGUAAAUGCUAUAUUUUUGUAACAAACCUCCUCAGAUCAUGUGAACAAUAGGAGAAGAGCUAAAAUGGAGAUAUAAUGAAGAAGGCGGCGUACAUACAUGACUGAUUUAAGCACUGGAAUGAUACAGAUCAAAAGUCGGCAAAACGACAAAACUGCUUCUGCCAAGCUAUUUUAAUAUAUACAGUUAUACAUAUAAAAAAAUACAAUAUUUACAAGAUACUAUGGACAAAACCAUUCAACUCAUUCUAAAUUGUAAACAAGUGAAUUGUAAACAGAACAACAGCACUAAACACUUUACACAUACAGCAAGACAUAUCCAAGGCACAUCCUUGAUAUAUUAAUAAAAAACAUUAAAAUUUGUGUCCCUUUUUAUGGACAUGGGGUUGGAGUUACCUGAAAAUUGUGAAAUCUAAAAAGUACAAUAAAACCAGAGGUAUUUCGCAGGUGUCUCCUAAAAGGGAGGUGGGCAAAUGUUUUCACUUUUUAAGCACAAACAUUAAUAAACAAACCACAAAAUUUCAAUGUGUUGUAGUGGAAAUCAAUGAAUGGUUAACUGUGUGUCAAAGAUGUGUAUCUUUAAUGUGCUGUUGUGGGAAGUAGUCCACACUGACAGUUGAAGUCUGUUUAAAAUUUUGCAAUUUGUACAGCAGUGACGCCACUGUUUGUUCCUCUGUGGUGCGGUAUGUUUAGCACCAAGAAAUUAAAUGAAUGUG